AAGGGGUAUGGAAGUGAUCAGGGUGCUGGUAUGGGGUAUGGAAGUGAUCAGGGUGCUGGUAUGGGGUAUGGCAGUGAUCAGGGUGCUGGUAUGGGGUAUGGAAGUGAUCAGGGUGCUGGUAUGGUGUAUGGCAGUGAUCAGGGUGCUGGUAUGGGGUAUGGAAGUGAUCAGGGUGCUGGUAUGGGGUGUGGAAGUGAUCAGGGUGCUGGUAUGGGGUAUGGCAGUGAUCAGGGUGCUGGUAUGGGGUAUGGCAGUGAUCAGGGUGCUGGUAUGGGGUAUGGAAGUGAUCAGGGUGCUGGUAUGGUGUAUGGCAGUGAUCAGGGUGCUGGUAUGGGGUAUGGCAUGAUCAGGGUGCUGGUAUGGGGUAUGGAAGUGAUCAGGGUGCUGGUAUGGGGUAUGGCAGUGAUCAGGGUGCUGGUAUGGGGUAUGGAAGUGAUCAGGGUGCUGGUAUGGGGUAUGGAAGUGAUCAGGGUGCUGGUAUGGGGUAUGGCAGUGAUCAGGGUGCUGGUAUGGGGUAUGGAAGUGAUCAGGGUGCUGGUAUGGGGUAUGGCAGUGAUCAGGGUGCUGGUAUGGGGUAUGGAAGUG